GACGAUCAGCUGAUCAGUGUUUACAUCCCGCACUGUGGCCGCUCGCGCUGGAUGUGAACAGAGGCUGAAACCCGACGGGAAAAGAAACGAUGGAGGAGACGAACCCACCGCGGAACGGCUGUUAAAAGUGACCUGUAAACCGACACUGUGUGUUGUGGUCAGACGCUGAGUCACCGAAGUGCAGUUUCUUUGUUUGCGGUGGAGAUCAGAUUUAGCUCAGAGCCCAUCUGCUGCCUUUUAUUUCCAGCCAGACCGACUGGGUGCAUCUAAGCGUAUAACUACAAUGGGUGGAGCAGUGAGCGCAGGUGAGGACAAUGAUGAGUUGAUUGACAACCUGAAGGAGGCUCAGUACAUCCGUACAGAGCUGGUGGAGCGUGCCUUCAGGGCUAUUGAUCGUGCUGACUACUAUCUAGAGGAGUUCAGAGACAGCGCCUACAAGGACCUGGCCUGGAGACAUGGCAACAUCCACCUUUCUGCUCCCUGUAUCUACUCUGAGGUGAUGGAGGCACUGGACCUGCAGCCAGGCCUGUCCUUUCUCAACCUGGGAAGUGGGACAGGAUACCUCAGCACCAUGGUGGGCCUCAUAUUGGGUCCUUUUGGUGUGAAUCACGGUGUCGAACUACAUGCUGAUGUCAUUGAGUAUGCUUAUCAGAAGCUGGACUGCUUUAUCAAGACGAGUGACAGCUUUGACAGGUUUGAGUUCUGUGAGCCGUCGUUUGUUAUGGGGAACUGUCUGGAGAUUUCCCCAGAGAGCAGGCAGUAUGACAGGGUGUACUGCGGAGCAGGAGUUCAGAGGGAGCAUGAAGAUUACAUGAAGAACCUGCUGAAAGUUGGUGGUAUCCUCGUUCUACCUUUAGAGGAAAAGCUUACUAAAAUUACUCGGACGGGAUACAACACAUGGGAGACCAAGAAGAUCAUCGCAGUGUCCUUCGCACCUCUCGUACUACCAAAACACAGAGAAAAUGGCAAACCCAGAGCAGUAUCUCUACCUACCAUGUUUGAGGUCCGAAGCCUGCAGGACUUGGCUCGCAUCUCCAUCCGGCAGACGCUGAAGAAGUCAGUGUCUGGGUCGUGGCCUCUGCCCCGGAGAGUGGGGUCCAGAGGCAGGUCCCGCCUGAAACAGAAACGAGAACACCGCGACUCCACGCUACUGACGAAUCGCUACGUGUUCAUGAGUCGUCUGAUCCCUGGACCUAUGGAUGACAACAACAACCAGUCAGGGACAGAUGAUGAAGAGGAGGACUGCAGAGGGGUUUGUGAACGCGAGGAGGACGAGGCAGAAGAAGACGAAGAUGGGAGGAGGAAGGAGGGAAGAGUUCUGCUAAUUGAAGCUCCUGUUAAUGUCCUGAGGGAGAAGAUCCUCAGCCUCCCUCUUCCGGAGCCACUCAAGAUGUACCUUCUAUAUUACAGAGAGAAGUAAGCCCAGCUCAGUUACGGACUACCUACAGGUACCCAAUGCCCCAUCAGUCCAACUCCUGCCUUGUCAGCAGAGCUGCAAAGUGCAAUUUUUUAAUGGUCAAAUAAUUAGUGGUUACUAUAAAGGAUUCAUCAGUUUUUUUGUUAUCAACGGUCAAGCACAAACAGCUUCUUUGAUAAUGCUGUGUAGACUUAUUCUGAUGUAUCGUCGCUGUCAUAUCAAAAUCUCAUAAUUCUACUUUUUGUUUACAGCUGCCCUUUACGUUGUGGCAACAUUUCAUAAAGAUUAACUAACAGAAAUGGUCCAACAUCUAGUUAUUAGGCCUGUUAUGAUCAUCAAAUUAAUUUAUGAUUAUUGUCAGAUAAAUAAUUGCAAUUAACAAUUAGUCUUUUUUGCUUGUUGUAUGCAAAUAUUAAAAUACAAGUCUAAAGUAGCCAAAUUGACUGAUUUUGACUGCUUCCUAGCUGUUGGUACUUAGUAGCUCCCAACUGACGACAGACGCAGCUCGAGCUCAAACAAACCAACAUUACUCAUCACUGCUCUUUAAAGGUGUCAUAGCACCAGUCACAAGUUUGUCCUUUUUAAUAAAGGUGUUUUCUGCUUUCUUUUGCAUUUGCCUCAGCUGAACGGUUGAAAACGCACCCAAUUCACAUUGUGAGUUGUGACAUAAGUUAACCACUGUGGAAAAUAAUAGCGAUCAGACAAUUAUGCAAUAACUAUGACAGGCCUAAUAGUUACAUUACCCCAUAUUAAAUAUAAGAAUGUUUUUCCCUUCGCCUAUAAAGUUAUCAUUUUAGGAGGUGUAUGUUUUCAAUGACAGCGACAAUAACACUGUUCAGUGCAAAAUGUUUCACUAUAUAUUAAAAUAAUAUUUUUAUAUAUUCAUACAAAUGAGCCAAAAUAUUAUAACCUCCUGCCUAAUAUGUUGUUGGUCCUUCACAUGCUGCCAGUACAGCUCUGACCCACUGAGGCAUGGGCUCUGAAGGUGCCCUGUGGUAUCUGGCACCAUGACAUUAGCAGCAGAUCCCUUAGAUCCUUUAAGUUGUGAGGUGGAGACGCUGUGGAUUGGACCUCUUGAUUUUAACUAUCAUUAAAAAUUUCUGCCACAGUAGCCCUUCUGCCCUCCUAAGACCACUGUCAGUAGGUACUCACCACUGCUGACUGGCAGCUCCCCAAAAGCCGUUUUGGAGAUGCCCUGACCGAGUCGUCUGGCCAUCACAAUUUGGCCUUUGUCAAAGUCACUCAAGUCUUCAAGCCUGCCCAUUUGUCCCACAUGUUCACUAUGAUAACCAGCUGUUCGCUUACCAUCUAAUAUUCCAGAUCUUCACAUGGGCCUUUGAUAAGCAACAUUAUUUUCCUUAUCCAUGAGUGGUCAUAAUGUUUUGGCUCAUCUGUGUAUAUAUAAGUAUUAAAGCUUGAAUCAGAAAUUGCAAAAAGGCAUUUAUAAACAACACAACCAAACUUAAACCAGUACAAACUAAAUAUGAACAGUAAAUAUAUUCGCUUUUAGUAAAUCUAUUUUUGACCAGGAGUGCCCAUAACACUGUUAAAACAGUUCCUGAUUGGGCUAUCAAGCAUUGUGUAUUUCUUCUUUCAAAAAUAUUUAGGACAAUAGAAGAAGUCAAAGAUUUGCCCUGUUCCAGAACAAAUCAUCCCUACAUGUCAACAACCUCUUUUUCAAUAUAACUGAAUCAAUAUAUUUCUCUUACUGCCUGCUGAUGUUAAAUGUAGUCUCCUAGGUUACUAGCCAGGUUUUUUGCUUUUUUGUUUGUCCCCUACUGAGACAGAGCCUUCACUGGAUUCCUUUGCUCUUUCCUUCUUAUGUCAGUAGAGUUAUUACUCUAAACAAUGGCUGGUAGCCUGCUGAAUCACAAAUCUUGUGUUGUGUGGAACCGUUUGGCUUUGCGUGUUUUUAUUGUGUAUUUCAUCUUUAUCUCGGAUUUUAGAGACUGAUACAUUUUAUGAAAAUGAAAUGACAAAAAAACUUGGUGUUUGUUUUCAAUGAAGUGUGUGAAAGAUUAAAUUACUUCAGUGAUAUGUGAGAAGUUCUACUGUGCUUUGGGAAAAAAUGCUAUAAAUAAAAGAUAUGCCUAACUCCACUGAAGUUAAGAGGGAUGUAGGAGUAUAGUAAGUUCUCAUCCAACAGAGUGAUCCGAAUGUUUUGCUUCGGUUAUCAUGGUUUGUAUUAAAUGUCUGUCUCUGUGUGCCAUGCUGAGUGCUACAGCACACACAAAUAUAAUAAAUGAGUCAUUGUGGACUCGGGUGUUUCAAAAACCAAGGACUGCCAUGAAUCGCUUUUCCGGGGCAUUAUCAAAUAGUGGGAAGACAAGUGAUGACACUGCCUAAAUUUACAGUGGGGGGGAAACAGGUUUUCAGACACUUUUGCUUUUGUUAAAUGUUUCCAGUGCAUAUAUCCACUCAAUUUACAUACAUCUUCUGACUUUAUGAACAAAAAGUAUGUAUUUGUAAGAAUCGACAGAUAUGUUUAAAAACAAAAUAAUUGAUAUAGAAAAAAUAUUCAGACACCAAAAAUAACAUUAGUACCUUGCUGAAAAGCUGUUGUUGGGAACUACAGUUUCAAGAUACCUUCAGUAAGAAGUAAUUUGCUUUUUGUCACAUUGUGGUUCAGUUUUGGCCUUUUCCUCUUGGCAAAACCCAAACAAAGUCAGGAGAUUGGCUUGGCCAUGAAAGCACCUUCCUUUUUUAGAGACCAGUCUUAAGCUAUUUUUGUCUCUAUGUUCGAGGUUGUUUUCUUGUUGAAACAUCCAUCUUCUCCACAGAUUUAGUUUCUUGGCUGACGGGAUUAAAUUCUUCUCGAAUAUCUGCAGCCUUUCUUUCUCCAAACAUGACAAGCUGAAUUACUUAAAACUGAACCAGCUGUACUGACAGGGAAGUUUAAGGUCUUGGCUGUGGUUCUGUAGUUUUUUCCAUUCGAGUGUUGUUUAAUAAUUGUGUCCCUGAGAUCUUUAGGAAGCCUCUUCACCUUCACUACGUUACAUGAAAUCUUCCCAGCGAAUACCAACUUCCAUUUAUCGUAUAGGUGCACUUUGCUCUACAUUUAGUGUUAUGCUGGUGUGAGUGGAUCAGACACAGCAGUGCUGGUGGAGUUUUUGAAGUGUUCACUCACUGUCCACUCUGACACACCCAUCUUAUUGGUCCACCUUGUAGAUGUAAAGUCAGAGACAGUAGCUCAUCUGUUGCUGCAGUUUGUGUUAUUUAUCCUCUAGUCCAGUUGUGUCCGAUCUUAUCCCCAAAGGGCUAGUGUGGCUGCAGGUUUUCACUCCAAACAUGCUGGAGCACACCUCCACUUGUUUAAUCAGUCGGUCUUGGUCUUCAAAUGUUUCAUCAGGUGACCUCCUGUUUUGUUGGAGUGAAAACCUGCAGCCACACUGGCCCUUUGCGGAUAAGACUGGACAUCCCGAUCUAGUCCUUCAUCAGUGGUCACGGCACACUGCCCACAGGACGCUGUAGGCUGGAUAUAUUUGGUUAGUGGACUUUUCUCAAUCCAGGAGCAACAUUGAGGUGUUUAAACAAUACAGCAGCACCGUACCGCCAGCGCAACACACUAACACACCACCACCACGUCAGUGUUACUGCAGUGCUGAGAAUGAUCCACCACCCAAAUAGUACCUGCUCUGUGGUGGUCCUGUAGGGGGCCUGACCACUGAAGAACAGGGUAAAAGAGGGCUAACAAAGUAUGCAGAGAAACAGAUGGACUACAGUCUGUAAUUGCAGAACUACAAAGUGCUCCUAUAUGGUAAGCAAGGCUGAUAAAAUGGACAACGUAUAUGUGAGUAAGUAAUAAGAGUCUAUACUUCAUCAAUUCAAUUUUCAAAACAUUUAAAAUCUCUUAGUUAUUACCUUUUCUUUUGCUAAUACAUAUAAAUACAUAUAAACUACAUUUUGUUCACUGUUCUAAAUCAAUAAGUCGAAAGUGGCUAUAUGCACCGGUUGUAUAUUCAGUAUUACCAAACUGUGUCUAAAUACUCGUUUCCCCUCACUGUAGGUGAUUGCUGGGACAGAAAUUGCACCUUCUGUUCAUGAACUACAUCCAAAAGUGACAAUUCAAUGUAGGUGUUUUUGCUGAGUCACUUGUGAAUUGAUGUCCAAUUGUGGUACAACGUCAGAGCUUUCUCAGAAUUCUGUGGAAAUAUUUAAAGACUGACUGUCAAAUGUAGCAAAUCCUAGAGGAGCACACCUUGCCUCAAUUUUGCAUUUUGCAGUUUUUAAAUGUGCCCACACUGUGAGAAUGUCUGAAGAAUGUAAAAUUUGCCUUUACAGAUCUGUGUUCAAGAACAUAUAGAGCCACAACUACUGUUUAUGUAAAAGUCAAAUAAAGUUUGAAAUGGUAACAUUA